GAGGAGCUAUUUCAUUGUGCCUCGGUUUCCUUAUCUGCAAAAUGGGACAAUUAAGAGCACCAACGUCAUGGCAUCGCUGAGGCUUCAUUAGAACAUGCGUGUCAAGCAUUCCCGGACCGUGUUCCAGAAACGGCACUGGCCAGCAGCAGCAGUAAGCCCUGACUCUAGAUUACAGUCAUCUCUCCCCUGUUUAAAUCUUUCACUUCACCAUUUGAGUUAUACAGUUACCAUGAAACGUGCCUGGAUAGGUGUCUCAUCUCCCCCAUUUAAGCUACAAAGCCACAAACCUUCUGUAUCACACACCUUACAUGCUUUCUUGGCUCCCACAGAGUCUCUGUUGCUCCACAGCCCUGGGUCUAGACUGUCAUUGUCUUUUCAUUAGUCGCUUUAAACUGCCACACACUCCUGAGCCUUUUCUUUCUUUUGUGAGGGGCUUGGGGGGGGGGAGGGGGGGGGAGGCUGAAGGCAAGUUAUCUUUCUAAUACAGCACUCUCUCUGACAGCCCAACAGAGAAUCCGAUCACUAAAGAGCUGGCCUGAAGACACUCAACAACAUCAUAUAUUUAAGUAACAAAAAAGAAAGGGCUUUUGUUAAAACGACCCUCUGAGCGGCAGCUAAGUUCUAAGUGGACGGGAAAGUGCCAUCUGGGUGGAAGCUGGCCUCCACCAAAUCCUGACUGUCGCCUUCUGGGAAAGCCCCAGAAGUCCAACGACGUGCCAGGCCCUGCCUGUUGUUUCCGUGAGCUUUGAGAAUCCAGGCUCCCCACCCAAAGCCCCCAAGGUGUGGCCAAAGGUUAACGGGCUCCCAAGGGAGGGCUAGAGGGCCCAUCAGACCAGCCAGAUAGCAGAUAUAAGGGCGGGUCAGAUGAGCCAGAUACCAAAGGAGGAGCAGAGACAGACAAGGUCAGUGCCACCCAGACCGUGCUGCUGUGAGUAGCGACAGAGGAGAGGGGUGGGGGGAGGGGGAGUUCGGCCUGAGCCCCAAAGCAGAAACCAGCCCAGUCCAGAGAUCUCCCCUAUGUCCCUCUGCCACCUUCAAAUACUUAACUAGGCUUCCGGCUGAAAGCCCCGAGCUGAUUUCCAGAGAAGCAGGUUGAAGCCAUACAUAGUGGGAGCACAGGCAGGACAGCCCCGGAGGCACGGAAGCUGGAGGGAGGAGGAGUGGGUGCAAGUCCUGAUAAAAAGGAAGCUGUCUGGGAUGCGUGGUGCCAUUGACUGCAGGCCAGGUACCCAAGCCAGAGCUCAGCAUGGACACCGGACCCCACUUGGCACGAAGGCUUUGCUCUGGAAAGUUCAGGAGAAAGCUGGUCCCUAGAGAGAUUACAGGACGGGGCAUCUCUUACCAGGUCGGGUGGUACCAUGGGUGGGGGGGAAGGAGACAGGUGCCCGCCUAUCCAGAGCUGAUCACUUGAAGGCUGGAGCCCCAUCGCUGGAGAUGGAAAAGGGACAUCACUGGCUCAUCACACAGUGAAAAGCUCUCCCACUCCGAGCUCCCAGAAACACAAAUGAAUGUAGGUGACAUGCCAACUGCCAGUUGGAUCAAGAAAAUGAGCAGCAAUUGGAUUUUGCCUUUUUUUAUUUAAAGUUUUUAUUGAUUCUUAUGGAGUGAAUGAAAUGCGAACACCGGAAUGAAAAGGGCUCUAUAGCAUCUCUGUGAAGGAAAUGGGACGCCAUAAAUGUGACAUAUCCGUCCCCACUGGGAGGGAAACAGGGCUCCACAGAGGCGCCAUCGGGGAAGCGUAGGAACGGGGAGGGGGAGAGUGCCUGGGAGCUCUCCACCCCCCACCCAUCCUCUGUUCCCCUCCAGAUCCUCCCGGGGCUGGGUCUCGGCUUCCCGAGGGUCCGCCUUCAGUGGGUGAGCGGUCUUCGGACCCCACUAGGAAUUUGUAUGUAGCUGGCAUGGGAGGCUUUGGCUGCCUGAGCUCUCUCAUCCUUUCUCAUGGAGUGUUCGCCAGAUGGAGAGAGAAAGUAGGACGGGGCAGAAGGAAGGAUCGCAAGAAGGCAGAGGGAGCGUCCUGCUUCAUAGCAGUGGCUUCAGAUGACGGAGGAGACAGGUCCCAGGGAAGAGGCAGUAUGCAAGACCACAGCCUUCGAAGAUCCUCUCCAGAGGGGGAUUUGGGGUUGGACCCGCAGAGAAACUUAGAGGCCAGUCCAGGGCACGACCCUCUCCCACCAGCAGCCCCGGGCCGACUCCCCCAAAGCUCUUUAUCUGCAACCCUGUGAUCACCCCCACGCCGGCUGCAGCAGGGGCCGCCCCUGGUCUCAUUUCCUCGCUCUGGGGCCUGGCCCCUCCCUAGGUCUUCACCUCUCUAGGCCUCCUCCCCUCCCCAGAUUUCAUCUGCUCCCAGAUGAGUGGGAGGAUCAUGUGAGAGAGGGCUUAGAAGGGGACACUGAGCACCGGGGUAAUUACUUACAGAAUCAACUAAGGCUGGUACCCAGCAGGAAGCGCCCUUGCCAACCCCUGCCACUGGACCAUCCCAACAGGGCCUGAAGUCUGCCCAACUGACCGCAUUUCUUUCUUUCUUUCUUUCUUUCUUUCUUUCUUUCUUUCUUUCUUUUUUUAAUAUUUAUUUAUUUUGAGAGAGAGAGAGAGCAUGAGCAGGGUAGGGGCAGAGAGAGAAUCCCAAGCAAGCUCCAUGCUCAGCGCAGAGCCCAAGGCAGGGCUUGAGCCCAUGACCCUGAGAUCAUGACUUGAGCUGAAAUCAAGAGUUGGAUGCUCAACAGACUGAGCCACCCAGGUACUCUCUGACCCCAUUUCUUAAGCCGUUGCACUCUUGAGGUCACCACACCCACCUGGUCCCUGGCAACUGUCGGCGGCCCACCUUCCGGCCCACCAUUCCAGACCUACUCCCAUCCUGGGACACAGGAGGCCCCACACAGGCACGCAGGCACCCCCAGCACUCGUGGCAUUCUGAGGUGGGGUGGAGGGAGGUGCGGGGCAGAGGUGAACUCUUGUCCUUUCUAGAUGGUAACCAACAGGCAGCUAGCUGGGGCUCAAAAGAGUCCUGUUUCCGAGCCAGCGCUGGCCCCAGAAGGGUGGAGACCCCACUCCCAGCUCCGGGAUGCUGCUCCCUGCUGAAAAUAAAUUUCCAUCUGGCUCUGCCUUCCCCCGGGGCAAAGGGUCCCAGCCUCUUUCUCUUCAGACCCAAGGUCUUUGCCUGGUGCUUCUGGGGACACCCAGGGUCAUCAGGGCCUGGGUCGAUCCCAGGGAGCAGUGAGGGCUCCCUGAGUCUUGGGGCACCAUUCUGUUGCUAAUCUAGAGUUUUUCUUCUGAGACAUGGAGACCUUCCCCCUUCACGAGCUUUGGAAGCUUUGGAAGACCUCACCGGUAACGACGAGGGUGGCUGGCGUGUGGGAUGCUUCUCCCCCAGUUGUGUGACGGGGGCCGGACAGCCUCUCCCAGGCACUUGUUCACCUCUCUGGGGCAGAGAAGGGCCUCUGAGCUCCUCUGGUAAAGCACCACACCCGGCCCACACGAGGAGAGGCCGAGCGGCUUGCUCAACAUCACAGCUAUCGGCAGGGUGUGUGCCGUGAACCUGACAAGAGCUUCUUGUCGUUGUUCAGCCCCAGGAUGGUGUCCCGCAAGGCCGUGGCUGUCCUGCUGAUGGUGCACGUGGCCGUCAUGCUGGCCUCCCAGACGGAAGCCUUCGUUCCCAUCUUCACCCACAGCGAGCUCCAGAGGAUUCGGGAAAAGGAGCGGAACAAAGGGCAAAAGAAAUCCCUGAUUGUACAGCAGAGGUCUGAGGAAGUGGGCCCUCUGGACCCUGUGGAGCCCACAGAGGAAGAAGAAAACGAAGUUAUCAAGCUGACUGCUCCUGUGGCAAUUGGAACGAGGAUGAACUCCAGGCAGCUGGAAAAGUACCGGGCCGCCCUGGAAGGGCUGCUGAGUGAGGUGCUUCUGCCUGCCCGGAACGGUACGGGAGGCAGGGCGCCUCUGCCUCUGGGGCUCAGCCUUGUCCACCCACGUUAAUAUUCCCAGAGUGCAUCUGAGCAGGGUUUGGGGAUGGCGAUUUGUUUUUCUGCCUUGUGCUUGAGAACAUGAAGUGGUCUUCUCCGGGAGAGGGUGCCCCCAUCUCGGAUGGAAGCCUGAUCACAGAGCAGGGGCUCAGAUGGCUCCUGGGGACCAGGGAGGCCCAGUUCCCCAGCCAGGGGCAUCUCGAGGCCCUGCCCUGAUGGUUCAGGCCCCUUUCCCAAACACCCUCCUGGCAGAGCUGACCACGACAACCCACCCAACCCUCCCCCUGCUCCAGAUCGCGUGUUCCCUCCCAAAACACCACCCAAGCCGGGCAGUUCCUCUGAAGGAAACCCUGCGGCAGUCUGGCCGCAGAAGCCUGCAUUUUCUUUAUCUGUUCUACAAAUCGAAGUCCUGAGCUCCACGUGGCCUUGCCCGGUUCAAGGUCUGCCCUUCAAGGUCUGCCGGAGCCACUUGUGCAAAGCCAGGACUUGUCUGACAAACAGCCACUAAUUACUUCUCAGGGUCCCCAGGAGGAGAGGAGAGAGGUGGGGAGUUGGUGUUUGAAAUGGAAGAACCAGGAGGUUAAAUGACUUGCCCCAGGCUACAGAGAAAGCUAGAGGCAGAGCUUCCAGAAGCCUGGCCCAGCCUCCCCUGGGGGCGCCCCCUCCUCCCAGGGUUGGCCCUGGGUUGGCGGCCAGGCUUAGAAGUGGACCCGCUGAAUCUACCAAGCUGCAGACCUCCUGUGUUUUUCCCCAACAGACAAAUGACAGCCCGCUCCAGGGGAAGGUGGAUGAAACUGGGAGCGCCCUCCCACCCGAGGGAGACCCCGGAAUCUGCAUGCCCCACAGCCGGGCUCCAAAGGAAAAUACUCUCUCCCAAGCAAGCCCCCUCUGGCAAAUAAAGUGGCAAAUAAACAGAAACGACUCUUUUAUUUAAUAUUUUAAUUUUUAAAGGCCAAACCCCGGGUUAUUGCAUAAAGGGGGGAAAAAAUCAAGCUCAGAGGGAGUUAGCGGUAAAUGGCACAUAUACAGUAGCAAAACGUGUGCCUUGGCUAAAUUCUCCGUUCAAAUAUCACGUGAGACCCAGGGAAUUGCAACAUUUGUGCCGGUGAGGAAACUGAGGUCCAGAGAGAUGGCAUUUCCGGCCCACACACCAGUCGGUGGCAGAGCGAGGAAUUCAGGUCUCCACUUUCUGUUUAUUGGCAAACUCAAGGUCUAAUGGGCUGGAGAGCCGUAAGACUUCUGUACUCAACCCCUUGCUGAGUAACUUCCAGCUAGCCCUUUAACCUCAAUGAGGCUUUGCAAAAGCCAGGUGGUAAUACGUGCCUUGAGAUGAGGGUACAGGCACGGGCAAAUUACUAUCAUUAUUAUCACCUUGUGACUGCAUGCUCCAGCAUCCGCAGCAAAAUUCCACAGUCAACCCACUGAUUUCUGCCUCCUAAACAAAACUGGAUGGGAAAUUUCAUUCUAAUUUAAUGUUACAUUAAUGGAUGUUCAUUUAUUUAUAAACUGGGGCCUUAGGGGAAACACAGCUCCCUCUACCCAUAGGUUAUCAGCAAUUAGACAUGAGGCCCAUUCCGUAUUUUCACCCACCCCAACCAUUGCGAGAACUUAGCCACAGAUAGUAGCUACCGGAACAA